GAGAACUUUCUAGUAGUAUUUUGUUACUAUUAAUUAAGGGAUGGUGAAAGUGACAAUUAUAGGGAGGGUAAGUGAUGGGAUGCCCUUAGCACAAGGUCCAAGAUUACAUGAAGAGAAUAAUGAUGUUUUAACAACUUACAAGAAACAAGCUGAGUUCAUUCUCAAGGAAAUUUCUUUACAAGCCUUGCCAUCUUCCAAGAUGACCAUUCUUGUAGAUCACCAUAGCUUCAACUACAUGGUUGCAAAUGGGAUUUGUUACCUGAUGUUGUGCGAGUCGUCGUACCCAAGAAAGCUUGCAUUCCAUUAUCUACAAGAUUUGCAGCAGGAGUUUGAAAGAUUAGAUAGCAGUCUUGUUGACAGAAUAACAAAACCAUAUACCUUCAUCAAACUUGAUAAUAUCAUUGGCAACAUUAGGAAGCAAUAUGUGGAUACAAGAACACAAGCAAAUUUAUCUAAACUAAAUGCUCAUCGUCAAAAGGAAUUAGAUAUCGCAACAGAGGAAUUGUCACUAAUAACAGAGAGAAGGCGAAGAGUAGAAAUGAUGGAACGAAUGAUGGAAGCUCACAUAAGUACUUCUCCAGUCUGGGAGUCUAAAAGGCUUGAGAUCAUCGCGCUGAAAUGGACACCGAUUACAAUCCUUCUUGUUGUUGCUUCUGUUCUUCUAUGGACCGGCUUAAUCCUCCAAGAUGAUUUUCGAUAAUGGUGAACUGAACUUUGUACUUUCUAAAGCCAUAGUCAAGAAAGUGGACAUAAGCAACUAACAAAUUGUUCAUACUGUUAUUAUUGGGAUUUGAUGCCUCAUUCAUAUGUGUCCAGUAGAUCAAUCGAUCACUUAAUGUAUUGAUUCUUAAAUUGUUAACUUAUUAGACUACUUGGCACUUGUA